AUGAACGGCAAGAUCUAUGGCAUUGGGGACCAUUUGGUUUGCAUUAUGGUUAUGAUUCUCGUUAUGGAGUCACAUGUGGACACGGAAACGGAAAAUAACGGCGCCUUGAUCAUGGUUUGUCCUGGGCAGGACGUUAAAAGGCCUCGAUCUUCGAUAUCAUCGAGUCGAGAUCGAAUGGUUGGGUUUGUCAGCGUUAUGGGAAGACGUCCCAACGCAAGGAGGAGUGCGGAUGACGAUCCCAUCUUCGGCAACCCAGAAACGCCAACUGGCGUUAUGUCCUGGAACGCUCGGUCCUUGAGCGAUGGACGGUAA